AUGGAAGAAGCUGGUUUUGAUGAAAGCAAAAGUGUCCUUCUUCUUGACCAUGAAUACUUGGCCCAGACAGAAAUCUUGGGAGAUCAAGAGGUCAUCAUGACAAGUGGAUGCAUCCUGAAUGCAGGAACAGGGGAGCGAGGAAAGAGAAAGGGAGAAAGAGAGAAGGGGAAAGAGAAGGAGAAGGAGAAGGAGAAGGAGAAGGAGAAGGAGAAGGAGAAGGAGAAGGAGAAGGAGAAGGAGAAGGAGAAGGAGAAGGAGAAGGAGAAGGAGAAGGAGAAGGAGAAGGAGAAGGAGAAGGAGAAGGAGAAGGAGAAGGAGAAGGAGAAGGAGAAGGAGAGAGAGAGAGAAAAAAGGGAAAAGAAAGAAAGAGAGAAAGAAAGAAAGGAAAGAAAGAAAGAAAGAAAGAAAGAAAGAAAGAAAGAAAGAAAGAAAGAAAGA